CUUUCCUAAACCGGUAAACCAUACUUCAAAAGCAUCUUCAAAAGCAUGAUGGCACCCCUUUGUGCAACAGCUUUUAGGUUAAUUCAAAUUGUUAAAUCAACAAUUUUAUCAAAUAAUACAAUUUUGCAAAAUCUUCCAACCACUGGAAAUCGAUUUCUUAAAUAUCAUGUUCGAGUUUAUUCAAAUGACAAAUCUGAAAAUAGUUUCGAAAAGCCGCAAUCAAUCAGGAAAAAGACAGUGCCAAUACAAAAAGUUUUAUUGCUUUCUGAGGAAGGUAAAGUGCUAUCAGAAGUUACAUUGGAAGAGGCGCAACAUUUAGCGAAGCGCAGAAAUUUAAACCUUGUUAAGAUGAUUGAUGUUACAGUAAAAUCGAAGGCACCUACUUAUCAAUUAAUGUCGAAAGGUCGGCUACUCGAAGAACAAAAUAUGGUUAAACAGCAAAGAGCAAAAGAUAAAAAUACUUUAAUAAAGGCAACAAAACACUUUAUCUUUUCUAAUAAGAUAGAGGAACACGAUUUACAAGUAAAAAUAAACAAAAUGAUUAAAUUACUUACUAAACUUCAUAAAGUGCAAAUAUAUGUUACAAUGAGUUCAGAAAUUCAAGUAUUGGAAAAAACUGUUAAAUUAAUAGAAACUCGUCUCAGUGAAAAUGGCAUAUUGUCGAGAACAGUAAAAACAGGUUCAGGUAUAAAAUUAUAUUUUAAUCCAAAAGUGGUGAAUGGAGAAGAGAAAGAAGAACUUGAUAUUAAGAAAUAAAGAAUAGUUUAUCAAAAAUCAAUUAAAUAUUAAAAAGGAAACAUAAGAUGUUUUUAAACUGUAAAUUCAUCUCUUUAAUAAAGAAAGAGGUAAAAUAUUGCGUACUGUGUACGCAUUUAUGUAGUGUAUGAAAAUAUUACAAAAAAAAUAUAUCAUUAAAAUUCGA